AUGUUAAAGGGAUGCUUCUGUUUGGACCCCUGGUACUGGCAAAACCCUUAUGGCACGGCAAAUUGGAAAGAUGUUGAAUGGAAAAGAUCCAAAGGUGAUGCUAGUGAGCUACAUGUCAUUAUUUUUGAUGAAAUUGAUGCUAUUGGUAAGUCAAGAGGCUCAACCAGAGAUGGCACAGGUGUCCAUGAUAGUAUUGUGAACCAGCUUUUAACAAAGAUAUAUGGUGUGGAGGCCUUGAACAAUGUUUUGCUUAUUGGAAUGACAAAUAGAAAGGAUUUGCUUGAUGAAGCUCUUUUAAGGCCUGGAAGAUUGGAAGAUCAAGUUGAAAUAAGCCUUCCGGAUGAAGCUGGGCGCCUACAAAUUCUUCAGAUUCACACAAACAAGAUGAAGGAAAAUUCUUUCCUCGGUCCUGAUAUCAAUCUCCAAGAGCUAGCUGCUCGAACAAAAAAUUACAGUGGAGUGGAGCUUGAAGGUGUGGUUAAAAGUGCUACAUCAUAUGCGUUAAACAGACAAUUAAGCAUGGAUGAUCUUACAAAGCCAGUUGAAGAAGAGAAUAUUAAGAUCACUAUGGAGGAUUUCCUCCAUGCAAUCCAUGAAGUCCAGCCUGCCUUUGGAGCCUCCACAGAUGACCUAGAGCGCUGCAGACUCAAUGGGAUGGUGGAUUCUGGUGAUAGGCAUAAUCACAUUUACAAAAGAGCUAUGCUUCUAGUUGAGCAAGUUAAAGUUAGUACUAGAAGUCCUCUAGUCACUUGCCUUCUCGAGGGGUCUAGUGGAAGUGGAAAAACUGCGUUACCUGCAACUGUUGGUAUCGAUAUUGACUUCCCAUAUGUUAAGAUUGUCUCUGCGGAGACUAUGAUUGGUCUUCAUGAGAGCACAAAAUGUGCUCACAUUGUCAAGGUGUUUGAGGAUGCAUAUAAAUCACCAAAGAGCAUCAUUAUCCUUGAUGAUAUUGAAAGAUUGUUGGAGUACGUAGCGAUCGGUCCUCGAUUUUCAAACAUUAUUUCUCAGACGUUGAUGGUCCUUCUCAAACAGCUUCCUCUUAAGGGGAAGAAACUUCUGGUGUUUGGGACAACAAGUCAACUAACCUUCUUGGAUUCUGUUGGCAUCUGUGAGGCUUUCUCUAUCACUUACUCUGUUCCAACAUUGAGAACAGAGGACGCAAAAGAAGAGGAUGAUGUCGAAGCAGCUGCUGAGGCUCUAGAUGACAUGCCAAUCAAGAAGCUUUACAUGCUAAUAUAG